AUGGAUUUAAGACUUUUAGACCAUCAAGAAUUCCUGGACGUCCAAGACCAGACACCAACUGCUACGGACCCUUCUCUGCCUCAGCAAUGGCAGCCACCUGAUGAAAAUAAGUUCAAAGUUAAUUUUGAUGCUGCGGUCUUCAAGUCUUGUAACCAAGCAGGGCUAGGUGUGAUCGUCCAGGACUGGCGUGGUGAGGUUAUUGGAGCAUUAUCCACGUCAGUUCCUGCUGCUCAAACAGUUGUGGAGUUAGAAGCCCUUGCUUGUCGCCGAGCGGUGCUGUUUGCGGUGGAGCUAGGCCUUCAAGAUGUUGUCUUUGAGGGUGACUCCCUCCAGGUGAUCCAAGCUCUUAAUCUGGACAGCACAGAUCACUUGACUUAUGGCCACAUUCUCGAGGAUAUCCGAACUCAAGUUACUGCUCUUUCUUCUGUUGAAUUUAUUUUUAAUACUAGGCACUGCAACGUUGUAGCAGAUGCACUAGCCAAAAAAGCCAAGAAUUGUAGGGAGACUCGGGUAUGGACUGAUUUCAUGCCUGAGGACAUUGCUUCUCUUGUAAUCUUUGACAUUCAUUGA